UUCGAGAAGGGUCUUGGCCCGAAACGUCAGCUUUCCUGUUCCUCUGAUACUGCUUUGCCUGCUGUGUUCAUCCAGCUCUACACCUUGUUAUUUCAGAUUCUCUAGCAUCGGCAGUUCCUAUCAUCUCAGAACUACAACAUCCGUCAGGCACCACAGACUGCUCCCCUGAUUUAAUGCUGCCGCUCCUCUUUGCAUAUGCCCGGGCUGUACAUGCAGCUUGGGAAUGUAGUUUGGAACGGGAUUGUGAGGGGUUUCGGUGAAAUCAGCUGAGUCCCUGUGGAGUUUUUAAACAGCCUCAAUGAAGGGGAGCUUUCUGGAUUUGGGGCUGCAAUUCAAUUAAUGUUUGAGGAGAUGGCCUGUCCCACACUCUAUCAACUACAGGAAGGCACUUCCAGAGAAAAUCUGUCCAACAUUUUCUCACCAGGUGUGAGUUUCUGCUGCAAUGUCCGACAUAUUUCUGGAAAUAACAAGGCGUGGAGCUGGAUGGACACAGGUGGCAUCAGAGGAGCGGGAAAGUUGACGUUUCGGGCAAGAUUUUGGAACACACCUGAUAAACUUUGACAACGUGAUAUCUCUAUUAGAGAUAUUAAUGUCUCAAUAGAAACCAUUUAAACACUAAUUACAGGAAGAUUCUGUGAGGAAGGAGUUGAAAUUUUGUAUUAUUUUAUGUGAAACCCGCUGUAAUGGUCAGUGUGAUGUGGAAGUUGUGGACACAGUUUUUAUAGAGACAUAGUCAGUGUCCACAGUCUAUUGUUGUCCCAACAGAUAAAUUACAUCUCCAUGCUAGUGGUUCAUUAAAAACUAAUCAUCUGUUGAUGAGUUUUUAUGGCCAGUGUAUCCUUUUGACUCUCUCGGUAAUUUCAGCAGCAAAGUGUUGGAGAUGUUUCCAUCCCCAAGAUCUGUGUCGUUUACUCACUGUAGACGGUUUGCUUUUUCUAAGGUUUGAGUUUCGAGUUUUUCGCGCCAUUUCCGCCAUGUUGCUUUCCUGGCUGAAAAGACCGCCUAUCAUAAGCUCGCUUCUCAUUAGCUGAUGGACGCUUAUGUACGCUACUCCGCAUUUGAUUGGUCGAGGUCAUUCCUAAUGUAUAAAUACAGAUGAGUUGUGUCCAUUUUGUGUCUUCGGACUGAGACAGUAAAAGCUCUUUUUCUAAAGGCCUCGUGUCCUCUCUUCCUAUGUCAGUAAGUUUGAGGUGCAACUCUAGCUGGGGACUGGGGCUUGUCCGCUAUCAUCUAGUGUCACCGUUCGCAUCAGCUUGCGCCUAGUCAUCCGCGUACAGUCGAUCAUACCUUGAGUCCGUAGCUACCGAGGUACCGCGAAACAUAACAGAUUGGCGACGAGGUGUUCGUAAAAUGGACCCAGAAAAGCUGCAGCUUCUACUCGAACAGCAGUUAAAGUUGAUGGAGAUGCUCGCGCAGACCAGGGUUCUGGCACCAGCAGCGUCUACUAGUAUUCCGCCUUUCGUUGACAGUAUCGCUAACAGUAUCACCGAGUUUGGGUAUGACCCAGAGGCCAAUGUUACUUUUGAUACCUGGUUCCUUCGCUACGAGGAGCUAUUUCGUGUCGACUUCACUGGUCAGGAUGUGCAUGGAAAGUCCGGCUUUUUCUUCGUAAACUUGGCCCGGCAGAGCUGGACAAGUACUGCAACCUCAUCAUGCCAGAUAACCCCGCGCAUAGGUCGUUUGAUGCCACAGUUCAAUCGCUCAAGCAGCACUUCAGUGAUCGGUUGUCGUUGCUCAGCAUAUGCUACCGUUGCUUAAAGUUUGUCAUGAAUGAAUCAGGCGAUUUUCUGACACAUGUUAGUAUAGUUAACCAUGAAUGUGAACAUUUCAAGUUAAAAUCGCUCACUGAUGAUCAGUUCAAAGCACUUAUCUUUAUAUGCAGUCUCCAGUCCCCUAAAUUUGCAGAUAUCCACGUGCGCCUUCUCAAUCGGUUGGAACAGGACCCUACGCUGACUCUCGCCGCCGUCACGGACGAAUACCAACAGUUGAUCAAUCUGCAGCAUGACACCACUUUGGUCCAAUCUGGGGGCCAAGGGGAUUCCGAAGUUCAUGCAGUUCGCCAGGCCACCAGACAUUCCGGUCCUUCCAAUUCUGGCACAUCUUCCUCUGGUCCGUCCUCUGGCUCGUCGCAUUCUGGUCCGAACUCUCUCAACGGUUUUUAGAAGAAGCCGCCGUUCCCCUGUUGGCACUGCGGGGCCUGGCAUUUUGUCAGGCUCUGCCCCUUCAAGCAGCAUUGAUGCCGCCAGUGCAAUACGGUUGGUCACAAAGAUGGCUACUGCAAAUCUCGACAAGCCAACAAACCUGAUGCACCCAAGCUGCACGCAAACGCCCAAAGCAAGCCGAAGCAGGCUGCCUUUUCCCAAAGCCUGCUGGCAACUUUCCAAGUCAAUGUCCCUGGCCGAAGGAAGUACAUCACGGUCAACGUCAAUGGCCACCCGGUCUGGUUGCAGCUGGACACUGCAUCGGACAUCACCAUUCUCUCCAAGAGAAUUUGGCGCAAGCUCGGGCGACCUCCAGUCCGAGAUACCUCCAAAACUGCCAUCAGCGCUUGUGGUGGGCACCUCAACCUCUCGGGGCAACUCAACUGCUGCGUAUCCUUCUGCAGCAAAACAUUCAAUGGCGCAUGUUACAUCGCUGCGUCGGAUCUCAACCUUUUGGGGCUCGACUGGUUUGACCUUCCGGGCUUGGCCGAUCUGCCGCUCAACACAAUUUGCAACCAGGUGCAGUCCCCUGCUGCACCCUUUGACCUGUCCAAUCAGAUUGUGAAACAAUUCACAUUGGUCUUCCAACCCGACUUGGGACUCUGCUCCGCCACACAAGCUGUGCUACAACUCGAACCUAGUGCCACACCGGUUCCGUCCUAAGAGACCAGUACCGUAUGCCUCAUUGCCGCAGGUCGAUGCUGAACUACAACACCUCGAUCACCAGGGAGACUUAACCCCAUUUCCUACUCCUCUUGGGUAGCACCUAUCGUUGUUGUCAGAACGGCCAACGGUUCGCUCCGCAUCUGUGCUGAUUUCUCUACUGGCCUUAAUGCAGCCCUGAAAGACCACCACUACCCGUUGCCGGUUCCAGACGACCUGUUCACUAUCCUGAACGGAGGCCAUUUCUUUGCCAAGCCCGAUCUUGCUGAUGCAUACCUCCAGUUGGAAGUCACACCGGAAUCCUGUGAGUUAUUGACUAUAAACACCCAUCGAGGCCUUUUCCAAUGCACGCAUUUACCUUUUGGUGUCAAAUCUGCCUCAGCUAUUUUUGAACAGGUAAUGGAUAUGAUCUUAUUUGGCAUCCCAGGUGUGGCCACAUACCUGGACGACGUCUUGAUCGUCGCUGUUUCCUCCAAAGAAUUGCAGUGUCGCACCGAGGCCGUUCUUCAGCGCAUUUAGGAUAAUGGAUUCCGCCUCCGGCCUGAAAAGUGCCAAUUCUUCCUCCGGUUGGUGAAGUACCUUGGCUUCAUCUUUGAUGCCUCUGGUUGCCCUCCUGAUCCAGAAAACAUUCGCGCAAUUCACCAGAUGCCAACCCCGACGGACGUUCCCUCACUAUGUUCAUUCCUGGGAUUGAUCAGUUAUUAUUCUGCGUUCCUUCCAUCGCUACACAACAUCCGAGCGCCGCUAAAUCACCUGCUUGGAAAAGACGUGCCUUGGAACUGGUCGGGUGAGUGUGAAGCAGCUUUCUGUCAGCUAAAGUCUAUGCUCACAUCUGAUCUCCUCUUAACACACUAUGAUCUGCAGUUACCAAUUGUAGUGGCAGCUGAUGCCUCUGCCUAUGGUGUUGGUGCCGUAAUCCUUCAUGUCUACCCUGAUGGCAGUGAGAAAGCGAUCAUGCGCGCCUCUAGGACUCUAACUCCUGCAGAAAAAUGUUACGGCCGAAUCGAGAAAGAAGCUCUUGCGUUGGUUUUCACAGUGCGGCGUUUACAUAAGUUGGUCUACGGCCGUAAGUUCACCCUGUUAACCGAUCAUAAACCACUACUCUCCAUCUUCGGUUCCAAAACAGAUAUCCCGGCACACUCAGCCAACAGACUCCAACGCUGGGCGCUAAUUUUGCUCGGUUACGACUUUCACACCCAAUACAGGCGCACCCAAGAUUUUGGCCAAGCUGAUGCUCUCUCACACCUCAUGAGCGACUAUCCCACCUCUGACGAAGAGGCCAUCAUCGCUGCCAUUUCGACGGAUGACUGUGCCAUCCACCACCUGACCCACGCCAUACGCGGUCUACUGGUAACUGUCACUGAGAUCCAACAAGCGACGCAGGCAGACCCAAUGCUACAACGAGCCAUACGCUAUGUUGGAGAUACAUGGCCAGCCCACUUACUGAACGACGAGUUGCAGCAAUUGCUCCAUCACCGUGAGUCACUAUGUGUUGUAAAUGAUUGUCUUAUGUUUGGCGACCGUGUUGUGGUACCCAAGACACUCCGCUUACGUGUUCUCCGCCAGUUUCAUUCCGCCCACCCAGGUACCUCUCGGAUGAAAUUGAUUGCACGCAGCUUUGCUUAUUGGCCUGGUAUGCAUGGUGACAUCACGUCCUUCGUCAAAUGUUGCCCUCGGUGCCAACAAGCAGCCAAGAAUCCCCCAAGAAUGCCACCUGUGCCUUGGUCGCGGCCGGAACGUCCAUGGUCACGCCUUCAUUUGGAUUUUGCAGGGCCUAUCAACAGUUGGUCCUGUCUGAUUCUGGUUGAUGUGUUUUCCAAGUGGCCCGAGAUAGUCCCCUUGGUGCCCGCAAUGACUAUGCAGACGGUACGAGCCCUGACCCAAAUUUUCAGUUAACAUGGCUUACCAGAGUCUAUCGUCACACACAAUGGCUCACAAUUCACAUCUAGUGAGUUUGCCGAGUUCUGCCGCUCUCAUGCCAUCUCGCACAUCCGCUCUCCGGCUUACCAGCCCCAAUCCAAUGGCCAAGCGGAACGCUUCGUUGACACCUUCAAGCAAGCACUGCUUAAAGCUCGAGGGGAGGGGGCGUCUGUCGAGGUACUGCAGAGAUUCCUACUUGUGUAUCGCUCCACGCCCAAUGAAACUCUGCCCAACCACCAAUCCCCCGCGGAAGCCUUGAUGGGUCGAAACCUGCGAACGGUCAACCACGCCAUGAUUCUGAGCAAUGCAAAACAGACCGAAACACCGGUGGCAAGAUCUCCCUUCACAGUUGGCUCCCACAUGUAAGUUCGUGACUACCGACCGAAGCACGACCCGUGGAUUGAAGGGCGGAUUGUAAGAAAACGAGGGAGGGUGCUGUACGUCGUAGCAGUUGGUGAUUUCCUCUGGCUGAGACAUCGCAACCAACUUCGCCAGCGGCACGCCGCAGAGUCAACAGAAGCAUCGGUGGAAAUUCCCCUUGAUGUGUUGCUAGACAAGUUUCGGCUACCACAAGAUACGACGGAACCAGAUGAGACAAACUUUGAGAGCGAAACCCUGGUUGAUCUGGCACUCCAACCAAGAAGACGGACAGAUCGAAGAUGUCGUCAGACCCAGCACCUCCAGGAAGAUUUCUCAGAUCAGAAACGUCACAUUUGAAGAUCCUGAAGUGAAAUAUUGUAAAGUACUACACCAGAGAAUACAGGGCGAAUAGACGCCACAGAUAGAUCCUGACCAUCAUCCAAGGAACAACUGCACAACUGUGUGAAGACAUCCAAUCCCUUCACAGCAUUGCUUAAUGCAGAGAAGGUUGGACAGGGAAACCAAGAUCUGGCAAUUGGUCAAAUCAGGGGAACUUUGACAUAUCAUCAGAUCUGAAACUGGUCAGUAGUGUGGAGCCUUCCAUCAGAACCAACCUUUCUGAAGGUUCGGCUGUGGGUGAUCGGUCAGGGUGAGGCUGAGAAGAAGUGUCAGUGGCUCCAAGUGUGGUGAGAUGCUUUUCAAGUGUCAGAUGUGUGAGGCUCAUAAAAUCUGCUAAAAGUAUAAAGUAUUUCUGUUCUCUGAAUGUUAACACACUGAUGUUGCUCCAUGGAGGUUGAACAAUUCAUAUGUGAGGUGUGCGGCCAGGCUUUCAAACACAAAUCAACACUCAUGACUCACAGAUACAGUCAUUUUGGAAAGAAGCCGUUUAAGUGUAAGGUUUGUGAUCAGAGUUUUGUACAAUUAUCAGGUCUGGUGAACCACCAGCGUAUUCACAAAGGGGAUAGACCAUUCACGUGCAAGGUAUGUGACAAAUCCUUCUCACGGAAAUCGAGACUGUUGCUGCAUCAGAGGAUUCACACUGGGGAGAAACCACAUACCUGUAACGUGUGCGCCCAAUCAUUCACGGAACCUUCAAAUCUCCGCUCACACCAACGUGUUCACACAGGAGAGAAGCCAUUCAAAUGUGAGGUGUGCAACAAAUUAUUCUCACAGUCAUCGACACUCCUGCUCCAUCGCAGGAUUCAUACUGGAGAGAAACCAUUCACGUGUGAGAUAUGCCACAAAUCAUUUUCAGACCCUUCAAACCUCCGUGCACACCAACGCAUUCACACUGGAGAGAAGCCCUUCAAAUGUGAAGUGUGCAACCAGGGAUUUGCACAGUCAUCAGGCCUGGUGAAACAUCGCCGCAUUCACACUGGAGAAAAACCAUUCACAUGUGAGGUGUGUCACAAAUCAUUCUCACAGUCAUCAACCUUCCUUGAACACCAAUAUAUUCACACUGGGGAGAAACCAUUCACAUGCAAAGUUUGUAUGAAAUCAUUCACAUCAUCAUCCACACUCCGUGUACACCAACGCAUUCACACAGGGGAGAAGCCGUUCACAUGUGAGGUGUGUGACAAAUCAUUCACAGACUCAUCAACCCUCCGCAAACACCAACGUAUCCACACAGGGGAGAAACCAUUCCCAUGCCUGGUGUGUGAGAAAUCAUUCUCAUCAUCAUCGACCCUCCAGGCGCAUAAACAUGUUCACACCGGGGAGAAACCAUUCAUGUGCAAAGUGUGUGAAAAAUCAUUCUCACAGUCAUCAAACCUCCGUACUCACCAACGUAUUCAUACAGGGGAGAAACCUUUCAGAUGUGAGAUGUGUGAUGAAUCAUUCUCAAGGUCGUCCGUCCUUCUGGUACAUCAGAGGAUUCACACAGGGGAGAGACCAUUUACAUGUGAAGUUUGUAACAAAUCAUUUCUGACAUCAUCGGACCUCCUUCUCCAUCAGAGGAUUCACACAGGGGAGAAACCAUUCACAUGUCAAGUGUGCAAAAAGUCUUUCUCAAGAUCAUCAAACCUCUUGCUUCAUCAGAGAAUUCACACAGGGGAGAAACCAUUCACAUGUGAGAUAUGUGGCAAAUCAUUCUCAAGGUCAUCAAUCCUCCUGGUCCAUCAGAGGAUUCAUACAGGGGAGAAACCAUUCAACUGUGAGGUAUGUGAUAAAUCAUUCACACAGUCAUCUACCCUCCUUGUGCAUCAACACAUCCACACAGGUGAGAAACCAUUCAUAUGUGAGGUGUGUGAAAAGUCAUUCUCAUCAUCAUCAGAUUUAUGCAAACACCAACGCGUUCACACAGGAGAGAAACCAUUUAAGUGUGAAAUGUGUGAGAAGUCUUUCCCAGAUUCGUCAAACCUCCGCAGACAUCAACGCAUUCACACCGUGAAGGAACUAUUCAGGUGUGAAGUAUGUGACAAGGCUUUCACACAAUCAGCAUAUCUCCUGGUUCAUCUAUGCACUCACACAAGAGAAACCCCAUCAGUGUGAGUUCUGUAAUAAUGCUUUUAUGCAAUUCUUGGAUCCCCAGGAACAUCAAACACACAUGAAAACUACAUAGCUAACUUCUUGCUUAGUCUGUCCUCAGAAUGAACUGUGUACACAGUCUCACAGUGCAGGGUGUUCAGUGGGACUGGGACACAGAACAAGAAGCAGCUUUCAGUCCCAUCAAACACCUAGUGAUGACAUCACCAGUGCUGAGGGAUUAUGAUGUCAACAAUGGAGCCACCCUGCAGUGUGAUGUCAGUGACACAGGACUUGGAGUAAUCCCCAUGCAGUGAGGGCAACCCGUUGGGUUUGUAUUCACAGUGUUAACACACACUGAACACAGACUGCACACAGACUGAGAAAAAGAGCCUUGACAUGGAUUUUUCUUAUCAGGAUUUCAACCAGUACAUUUUUUUGGAGAGAGAAUGGUCAGAUUUAACAAGAUAAUUCAAAAUAUUUUUGCCAAACCACUUGUAUCUGCUUCAAAACAUGCUCAAAUGAUGAUCGUGAAUCCAUUGUCAAUUGUUGGAAAAACCCAUCUAGUUCACUAAUGACCUUUAGGGAAGGAAACUGUUGUCCUUACCUGGUUUUGCCUACAUGUGACUCCAGAGCCACAGCAAUGUGGUUGACUCUUAACUGCCCUCUGGGCAAUCAGGAAUGGGCAAUAAAUGCUGGCCUUGCCAGCAAUGCCCUAACCCCAUGAAUGAAUAAAAAAAACUUCACUUGGAAAGUUAUCAACGAGAUGUGAAGUAUAAGCAAGGGAAGCAGAUGGACAUCUCUGACAGACUGUCGAGAGCUGCACUGUCUAUGAAGGAAAUUGAUGCUAAUACAGAGUGUGAAAUCUUCUAGAUUCAACCAGACGCCCAUGGAUGAAGCUUGGAGAGUAGAGCUCUUCACUCACUGGGACUGAUGAUCUCAUCACAGUCAACUACUGUUUGGACAGCGUGGUGUUUUACAAGCUGACAUCAACAACCAACCGUAGAUCGCAUAGUUCAAGCAUUAUGCCAGUUGUUCUUAAUUCAUGUGUGAAGAAUUCAGUAACUUCUUGAAUGCUUGGGAAAUUUAUCACAACAUACUGUCGCCACAGUAUCCCCAAUCAAAUACUGAGGCAGCAGUGAAAGUUGCCGAAGGGAUCAUCUAGAAGUCAAUUACAUCCAACAUAGAUGUGUACAAGGCAGUCUUUAGAGAAACACACAAGUUGAAGUCAGGAAUAAUUGUUCACUUCAGUGACCAGUGUUACAUUCCACCAGACUACUUUUCCAGUCACCAAAAAUCUAAGGGCGGAAGUUGUAAAACAAGAAAGUGACAAGACAAAAGUGAAAAGAUAGCAAAAUUUUAAUUUGAUAAAGGUACUGGAGAACUGUUCACAGUACAGACAUUCACUGCAUUCAACGGAAAUCAGCUCACUUGGCAACUUCAAAUGUGCAUAGAGACGUUUUCACCUCAGUUUUCUGAAGAAGGGUCCCAAACCGAAACGUCAACUUUCCUGUUCCUCUGAUCCUGUCUGGCCUGCUGUGUUCCUCCAGCUCCACACUGUGUUAUCUCAGAUUCCAGAUUUGCAGUUCUUAAUGUCUCUUCACCUGAAUUGUAUUUGGUGAAAGUCAAAGAUAAGAUCAAUUGUAACAAUAAUAGAUAAUACUGCAAAUGGAGUAGCAGACGGCUGAUGAAGCAGAUCUGAUUUUACCAACUGAGCAAGAAACUUGAUGAUCAUCAGUUCCAGAAGUGGACUGUUUGCCAAGCCAAUGCAACAAUUAAUCAUCAACAAUAUUCACUGCAGCAGCAAUGUUCUCCUGAAAGGCAAUGCUGCAUCAGGAACCAAUAGCCGCUGGAUGAAUAGACAACAACAGCUAUACAUGUACCAUAAGGUGACCUGAAUGCUUUAAAGAUAAUGUGUGUGGGGACAGACACACUUUAAACAGGGCUAGGAAGAAAUGUUUUUUAAAAAAUCAUGUGUGAUUCUUUUCUUGAUGAAUGAUAUGUUUAGAGACACUUAUAAAUUGUAGUGCAUGCAGUUUUUCUUUUUGUAAGGAAAUGGGAAUGUUUUUAUGACACUCCUUUCACAUUGCAGCUUCCUAUAUUAAUGUGACCUCUGUGUCAAUGUAUGUAAAUAAAUUGUUUAGGGCAAGUAGCCAUUUUAGACACCACCUGGAACAUUACUUAUAAUUCAAAUUAUUACAAAUAUUUCUGCAGCAACAUGCGUCUCCUGAAGCUUGGGAAACUUAGCAGUGAAAUGGAGGUGACUUUGAGCAGCAGGUUGGGUGGGGACUUAAACUUGUCACUGUUCCAUCUGAAUAAAACCUGACUUAUUGUAGCCUCUGUCUCAGUUCCCCUGGUAAAUGUUUGACAGAGAUUCCUAGUGUGGGAAUAGCAUUCUUCAUCCUCAGAGACUUUCAAACUGACAGCAUCGGUGUGGGAUGUGUCACCGCAGAUGUGUUUUACAGCAAAUCAGAAGAGGAAAAUCCGCAGCAUCCAAGGCAGCAAUUCCAUGCAGUGAUGGGAGCAGCUCGUGCGCAGGGGCAAAGAGGUCAUGUCAGAGGAACACAGGAAAUAGGGGAAUAGGAGGGAGGUCUCAUAAAAAAAUGAGCUCGGAGAAGGCAUGAAGAGAGACAGGAGAGAAACUAGAGAAAGGUAAGAGUUCAGGGCUAGUUCUGGGUUGAGUAUUAACGGAAGUUUGUCCGAGGAGGGUGAGCUAGUGGAAGAGAGGAAAGUGGCAGACGUAGCUGAUGGGAUUGUUUCAAUCUGAGAAGUCAGAAACCAGGGAGCAGAUAUGAAGUCAUUAAUGGAGGGAUUAGAGGGGAUAUGAGGAGUGAUAUUUUUCACACAGAGGUGGCGAUAGUCUGGAACUCACCGUCUGAAAUGCUGAUAGAGGCAGAAACCGCUCAUUACGUUGAAAAAACAUGCAGAACUGAAAUUGGAGGAAUAAUACCUGUUUUAAAACACGUAUGGAAUAACUUCUCCAUGCAGACACUGUCCCGUCAACCACUCAGAGAGAAGGUACAGAACAGAUCAGAUACAGAGCCAAGCUCAGAAAUUACUGGAAAAGCUCAGCAGGUCUGGCAGCAUCUGUGGAUAGAAAUCAAAGUUAACACGUCAGAUCGAGUGACCCUUCCUCCAGACUCAGUGCAUCUUGUUGAGGAAAAAUGUUCUGCUGCUGCUCUUAGCUAUUCUUGUGAAGGUGUAUGUUGGCAUGCAAUUCAUCUUUCUUAGGUCAUCCUCAAACUGGAGAGAGUGAGUGGGGAUAGGAGGGGACAUCCUCAUACAUCCAAAGAUCUUAUUGUUCAGUUUUCUGAGGUAGAGAGUAAGGUGGAAAGAAUGUAGCAUGUUAUGAGCUUUUAAUUUUCCAUGAGUUUUCUUGUUAACAGCUUCAUUUUCAUUGAAUUACUUCUUGCUGUCUCUAUACUUCGAACUUAUGCAACACAUCUGCUAUCUUCUAUUUGAUCAUAACAUUUUUUUUGAAGGAUGUACUUAUGUAUGUGCUUUACUGUUUACAUGCUCAUAAAACAGUCAAUCUAACAAUCCAAUAUUGAGAUUGAAGAAAGAGGUAUUUUCAUUAAACUUACGUUGAUCUAGGAAAACAUAAUGGCCUGGAUUUUCUGAUAUGCAGGAAAUUAUUAUUCCAGUGUAGAUCACAGGUGCACCACUGCUGGACACAAUUCCCCAGUCUACUGCCUCCACAGGACCCAACACCCACCCUUCCAGCUAGCAAUCCUUCUAAUUUUCUUCCCAGCUGAGUUGUCCUCCAAGGCCGGCACACACAGCAUCUUUUGGACCAGCAUGUGAUACCAGUCACCAUGCAUGGAACAUCGGUGCAUGAUGCACUUAGAAGCAAUGUUGCUCCCAGACCCACAUCAGUCCCAAAUUCUCCCUAUCCUACGCAAUGUGUCACCUAUUGGCCCCCUUGCCAACCAGCACCCUGGCAACCUAUCUCCUUAGCACCUCCACCCCUAUGCCUCUGGCGUUCAUACUCCUUGGCAUGCCAUCCAUCCAGCAACCUAACACUGCUCAGAAAAACAGGAAUUGCUGGAAAAGCUCAGCAGGUCCGGCAGCAUCAGUGGAGAGAAAUCAGUGUUGAUGUUUCAGGUUCAGUGACCCUCAGAACUGAGGACCCUAUCACUGCCCUUCCCUUACGUAUUUAUCUUUUUACAGCAGCUAUCAAAGUGGCUGUCAGGACUUUUAGAUUUCAGAACAUUGCAGCUGACCGAUGUGAAAAGAUGGCGUGAUCUACCUUCCUCUGAUAGUUCUGCACGACAAAAGAACUGUCAAAAUGUCAGUGUAACUUCACUUUUCUGAGGCAGGCCUCAGCUGAAUCUCCUGUCAGAAAUGUGGAGUACCCUUCUUUCAUGAAAGAAAAGAGCAGAAAUUGCCACUCCUCAGAAAAUCCAUCCUAACAGGAAUAAGCACUAUCUUUCACAUAUAUCUUUCAAGCUCAGAUGGCCCACACAACUACAAAUUACAGAGUAGGGAAGGAUAGAUAGAUCACAUUAAAGUGCAUAAGUGAGGAAUAUCUGAUCAGUGGCCCAGUGGCUGUCUUGAUCAGACGUUGCUUUGCUAACCAGCCAUGGUGUUUCUGUUUACAAUUAUAGCCAGUUAAUUUGUUUUUUUUCCCCGUUGAGAUGGUGGUGUUGAACAGAACUAAUGAUUCAGUCAGCCUGCCCCUCAUACGCCUCGAUCCACAGACUGGGCUUGAAGCUUGCCAGGAGGUUGGAGAGAGAGCGAGCAAGGCUGAACAGCUUCUGCUGCUUGAUCUUAUUUAAGCACUCACACUUUGCCAGAUGUAUUUUUAAUGCACAAAAGGGUCAUGUGACUCACUCUCGCUAUUGUUGAUGUUCAUGUCUUCCAAAAAGAAGCACAAUUAGCUCAAAUUGGCAAGGUGACCUGAGUCAUUGUUUUGUGGAUCAAUUAAUUAGACAGUUGAAAUUCUGAUCCUUGGCAUAAUGUUUUGACAAUGGCCCCAGAGAUGGAGUCUUUUAUAUUCUUAAAGCCUUUAUUGUCUUCAUAGGUCCAGUUUCUCCAUUCCAUGAACUGGAAUGUAUAUAGAAUUGCAAAUUGGAGCAGCCAUUUCUGCUUCUAAUUUCCAAUCAUCCUACUUAGCCUGUGGCUUUUUCUUUUAAAAGUAUUUUUAAAAGUUCAAGUUGAAGCUUCCAGAAACUAGAUUAAAAUCAAUUUCAAACAGCACAUCUUCAUGACAUUGAAACAGACAUACAUAUCCACUUGUUGCAACGUGGCAUCAUCCUCUUUAGCCUUCUCUCUAGAUUUCUUCUAAUGUAUUCUAAAUCACCACUGUAUUUAUCUUUUUGGUGUUCCUACCAACUCCAUAUUCUAAAAUUCUUGAUUUUAUUUCAUCCAUAGUAUCUCAGCAAGUUUUCUGAUUCUAUAGGUAGUGCUGUGUCAUCAGCAACUUUGUUAAAUUCUUGCCUCUGAUUAUUCCACGUGGAGUUGCUUUUAAUUUUCUGAUUAUUUGGUUUGUGAAUACAUUAAAUAUUUUUGUUGAUGAUACCCAGUUGUGUUCUCUCUUCACUCGAUACAUGUCUAAUGUGGAAUGUACAGAGAUGCAAAUUGUGGCUAAAUUAGCACUCUUGUCUUUAAAUCAGAAGAUUAGAAGUUCAAGACUUGCUGCAGAUACUUUGCCACUGAGGGUAACACUUCAGUGCAAUACACAGGGAAAGAUGCACUGUCAGAGAUGCCAUCUUUCAUAGAACAUAGAACAAUACAGCACAGUACAGACCAUACGGCACAGUACAGGUCCUUUGGCCUACAAUGUUGUACUGACCUAUUAUCCUACUCUAAGAUCAAACUACCCUGCAUAUCCUUUAUUUUACUGUCAUCCAUGUGCCUAUCCAAGAGCCACUGACAUGUCUCUAAUAUAUUUGACUCUACUACCAUUGUUGGCAAUUCUUUCCACCCGCCCACCACUUUCUGAGUAAAAAACCUAUCUCUGAUAUCUCCCCUAUACCAUCUUCCAAUCAUCUUAAAAUUAUACCCCUUGCAAUUGUACAAGUUAAACCAAGUGCAAGUUAAACUAAGGCCUUAUGCAUCCUUUCGGGUGAAUGCUAAAGAUCCCUUGACACUAUAGAAGAGCACAGAAGACACUCAUUGAAGAGCAGGGGAUAUAUCCUGGAGGUACAGGCCAAUGUGGAUCACACAAAGAAACUCACAAAAAUAAAAGAAAUGUUGGUGGUGCGUUAAAUAGUCAGGAGAAUAGCAUUAGAUUACAGAAGGAUACAAAUGAGUGGUAAAUGGAAGUCAAUCUGGAUAAACAUGAGUUAAAGCACUUGGAUACAACACACAAGGCAAGGGAAGACAUGAUGACUCUGGGAAGCACCAAGGAUCGUAGGGAUUUUGGUGUGCAUGUUCAACGAUACCGUAAGGUAUCAGGACAGGUGGACAAAGUGGUUAACAAGAUAUAAGGUAUACAUGCCUUUAUUAGCCGAGGAGCAGGAAGUUUAUGUUGGAAUUGUACACAAAGUUGUUUAGGCUACGGCUGCAGUAUUGUGCAUAGGCUGGAAUCCACAUUAUAGGAGAAAUGCAAUCGCAUUGGGGAGGACGUCUGCAGAACAGAUUUACCGGAAGUUGGAGACAGUGAGGACUGCAGAUGCUUCCAUGUUGGAAGCUGGAAUCAAUAAAUGUGGAGCUGGAAAAGCGCAGCCAGUCAGAUAGCAUCUGAGGAGCAGGAGAGUCAGUGUUUCAAGCUGAAACCCUUUGCCAGGACCAGGAUUUUCACUGAGCUGGAGAGUGCAGUUAUGAAGUCAAAUUGGAUGUACUGGGUUUGUUUCCAUGGAACAGAAGAAACUAAGUGGACACAUGACUGAGAUGCAUAAAUUAUGAAGAGCAUAGCUAUCACUUGGCAGAGGGAUCAAUAACUAGGGGCACAGAUUUAUCAAAAGGGGACAGGAAGUUUAGAGGGGAUGUGAGGGAAGGUUUUUUCAUCCAGAGGGUGGUGGGAGUUUGGAACUCACUGCCUGUGAGGGUUGUAGAGGCAGAACCCCUCAUAACAUUUAAGUAUUUAGAUGAGCACUUGUGAUACCAAGGCAUACAAGGUUAUGGGCCAAGUGCUGGAAAAUAGAAUGAGAAGAGUUUGGGGAUUCAUAGAAUUUCACCAGUGCAGAUAGAGGCUACUCGGCCAUUGAGCGUGCACCAACCCUCCAAACACCAUCCUACACAGGCUCAGCCCGACCUACCCUAUUCCCAUAUGUGACCAAUCCACCUAACCUGCAUGGUUGUGAGUGUGAGAGAAAAGUAUCUGGAGAAAAUCCAUGCAGAUACAGGGAGAAUAUGCAAAUUCCACACAGUCACCCAAGGCUGGAAUUGAACAUGGGUCCCUGGUACGACGAGGCAACUGUGCUAAACACUGAGCCACUAUGCCACAUGAUUGUUUUUCAUCAGUGACAUGUUGAACUGAAGGGCCUUUGUUUUCUACUGGAGAUAUCUGGGACUGAGUUACUCCCCCUCUAUAAUAUCACUCAAUUCCAAAGAGCUCCCAGUCUUGCAUUAGACCAUCUGCUGUUGAAAUCUUUAUCCAUAUUAUUGUUGCUUCUCAGCUGGACCCGAUCAUUCUAAUGCUGUCCUGUCCAAUCUUCGAUCUUUCUACGCCACAAACUUUAGAUUAUUAAAAAUGCUAUUCCCACACUAGAAAUUUUUGUUAAACAUUUACCAGGAGAACUGA